UGCUUACUUGAGUGUGCGGAAUUACUUUAAUGUUGUAUUAUAAACAAGAUCCAGCGAAUGAUUAUCUUGCAUAAAAAAAAUUAAUCCAUCGAGCAAUAUAAAUCUCGAUUUUUUUCCACACGAGGUUCAGAUUUUCUGCAGAAAAUUUUGGUGUUUGGGUUGUGUUUAGUUUGAUAUAAGUGCUGUUCUUGUCAUUUUUUAUUUCUCUGUGCGAAGAAGUAUAUAAUUAUGAGUACUGGAUUUUAUGGAAUUUCUAUAGGAAAAUAAUGGCAUGAGAUUUAUAUCUAAGAAUUACAGACAUUGUGUGUAAAGUGUAGGAAAUUUGUGGAGUUUUGUGACUGGAUAUGAAUAUAAAUGCUGAACCUUUUAUGCCAACAACAUAUCACAGUGAUACUUGCAGUUUGAAUACAAAUUAUAUAGAUUACUAUCUGCAGAAUAAGCUUCAAUAUAAUACACAGUCCCCUUGUGUGAUGUCCCCAACUGUUCUUUCUACAAACUCAAACCCAGCACCUCAACUGUCGUGGCCUGGACACAACAUGUACGCUCCCAGUAGCCAGCCAGAUCCAGCUGCAUAUGGCAGCUACACAUCACAACCUACAACUGUAAGUAAUUAUUUGAAUAAGUUAUCUCCCAUGUUGUUAAAUAGAUGUUAUCAGGAAUUCAGCAAAUGUGAGGUUUUCCAAUCUAAUCUAUAUUGCCAGUUUCAGAGGACCUCUACUGCCAUGCAUAUUGCAUUUUCUAGUAUUGUUUGGUGUCUUUUUAAAUAUUCUUGUUCAAUGUAA